UCAGAAAGAGACGACAUGCCGCUGAAAAGAGACGAUACUGAACGUGCUCUACAGGUGAUGGAGGCCUGUCAGGCCGGAGCUACUGAAGGGGUCAAAGGUCGUGCCGAAAAGCUGCUCAACAUCUUUCAGAGUGACCUGUUCCAGGCUCUGCUGGACAUACAGGAGUUCUACGAGCUGACGGUGUGUGAGAACCAGACAGCAGGACAACCCAACACACCUGGACAGAAGUAUCGCUACCAAGAUGAUGAGACUCCACCUGUUGACCCCAGCCCUGGUCCCAUGACUCUUGGACGCAGCACCGAGCUCAGCCAUACACACCUGGACGGAUACACACACGCCGCUGCACUCACCAUGAACGGAUCAGAGGGAGAACUGGAGUAUGAGGAGAUCACACUGGAGAGAGGUAAUUCUGGUCUUGGCUUCAGUAUCGCUGGAGGAACAGAUAACCCACACAUUGGGGACGACCCAUCGAUCUUCAUCACCAAGAUCAUCCCUGGUGGCGCGGCGGCUCAGGAUGGACGCCUCAGGGUGAACGAUAGCAUAGUAUUUGUUAACGAGGCGGACGUGCGUGAGGUCACACACUCUACAGCUGUGGAGGCUCUAAAGGAGGCGGGGCCUGUUGUGAGGCUGUAUGUCCUGCGGCGACGCCCACCGAGUGAACGCAUCACACAGAUCAAGCUGAUGAAAGGACCCAAAGGUCUGGGAUUCAGUAUAGCAGGAGGUGUGGGGAACCAGCAUGUUCCUGGAGAUAACAGUAUCUAUGUCACCAAGAUCAUUGAGGGAGGAGCGGCGCACCGUGAUGGACGGCUACAGAUUGGGGACAAAAUCCUGGCGGUGAACCACAUGUCUCUGGAGGACGUCCUGCAUGAAGACGCUGUGUCGGCUCUGAAAAACACGGACGAGGUCGUCUAUCUGAAGGUGGCCACACCCACCUCGCAGUACAUCCACCCGGCCGAUCGCUACAGUCCCCCAGACCUGACCAGCUCCUACAUGGAGCCGGACUACAUGUGUGAUUACCCACAAGCCCUCCCUCCUCCAUCACCACGACGAUACUCACCCAUCGCCCGGGGGAUGAUGGGAGAGGAUGACUACUCCCGGGAGCCUCGCAGAGUCUGCGUGCAGCGUGGGUCAACCGGCCUGGGCUUCAACAUCGUUGGUGGAGAAGACGGAGAAGGAAUCUUCAUCUCCUUCAUCCUUGCAGGAGGACCGGCAGACCUGAGUGGAGAACUCCGGAAGGGAGACCAGAUCCUGAGCGUGAACGGUGUGGACCUCAGGUAUGCGACACACGAGCAGGCCGCUGCAGCUCUGAAGAACGCAGGACAAACUGUUACCAUAGUAGCUCAGUACAGACCUGAGGGUGAGUUCCAAACACUCCGUGUUUUACACUGUUCAUGUAACUGGGAUGAUGUUGUUAGUGUGGUGAUCCUGUUCACAGAGUACAGUCGCUUCGAGGCUAAGAUCCACGACCUGAGGGAGCAGAUGAUGAACAGCACGUCUGGGAGUCUGAGAACCAACCGCAGCGUCUACGUCAGAGCGCUGUUCGACUACGAUAAGCAGUGGGACUGCGGCGUCCUCUCGCAGGCGCUGGAUUUUAACUUUGGCGACGUCCUUCACGUGAUGGACAGCGCCGAUGACGAGUGGUGGCAGGCCCGGCGGGUCAGCCAGCAGGGGGAGCUAGAGGAGCUGGGAUACAUCCCAUCCAAACACAGGGUGGAGAGGAAGGAGUGGUCGAGGAUGAAGAGUAAAGGGCGAGAAGGUUUUGUCCACAGCUACGAACUUAUCACUCAGAUUGAAGUUGACUACGCUCGUCCUGUCAUAAUUCUGGGGCCGACCAAAGACCGGGUCAACGAUGACCUUCUCUCGGAAUACCCCGACAAGUUUGGCUCCUGCGUCCCACACACGACUCGUCCGCAGAGAGACUACGAGGUCGAUGGGCGGGACUACCACUUUGUGUCGUCACGGGAACAGAUGGAGCGAGACAUCCAGUCGCAUCGAUUCAUCGAGGCGGGGCAGUACAACAACCACCUGUACGGGACGUCGGUGCAGAGCGUCAGACAGGUGGCCGAGCAGGGGAAGCACUGCAUCCUGGACGUUUCGGCCAACGCUAUAAGGAGGCUCCAGGCGGCGCAGCUCCACCCCGUCGCCAUCUUCAUUCGACCACGUUCCCUGGAGAACAUCCUGGACCUGAACAAGCGUCUGUCCGAGGAUCAGGCACGAAAAGCUAUGGACCGCGCCAUCAAACUGGAGCAGGAUUUCCUUGAGUGUUUCACAGCCAUCGUCCACGGCGACAGCUUCGAGGAGGUCUACCACCAGGUCAAAGCUGUCAUCGAAGAGCAGAGCGGCCCCUACAUUUGGGUACCUGCACGCGACAGACUCUGAUUGGCUGCUGCCGAGCCAAAGGGGCGCCUUCGCCACCAAUUUACCCCCACAGCUCUGCCCACCCCUCCCCUCAGCACAUCCUCCUCUAAGGCAGGAAAUAACCGGGUGGAGAGCAGACGCCGCUUUUAAUCUUUUGUUUUUUUUGUUGUUCAUUCUUUGGGACGGUGACGCUGAUUGGGUGGCUACUGCCGUAGCCAUGACAACCAAAAGGGGGUGGGGUGGGGCACACCUGUCCGUCUGUGUGACAGCUGAUCGACUGAUUGGUUUUGUGUUGAUCAAUAAUCCUGUAUUAUCAGUAAAUAACGAAUCAGACUGUAGAGUUCAGUUUGUAUUGAAGUAUUUAUAUUCACUUAUUUAUUAAUUAAUUUAUCUAUUUAUUGAUCGAUUGAUUGGCUGAGUUAUGUGACGUGAAGACCGGUGAGUGAGUGUGUGUGUGUGUGUGUGUGUGUGCGUGUGUUAGUGUUGUGUACAUAAAGACUUGUGUGACUGUAAAUAAAACAAUGGGGCUCAAACACACAGUCUAUUCAGGGCUUAUUAAAUACCCACAAUCCUCCUGUGGUCCUGCUGGACUUCAUCUCCCACAAUUCCUCUCUGCCUGGACUACAACACCAACAAUUGCCACUGUGCUGCAGUGGACGGCACAGACGCGUUUUUAAAAUUGAAAGACUGUGGACUACGUUUCCCAUAGUUCCUGGCUGCUAAGACAUAUCUGCAGCACACCGAGGGACUACAUUACCCAAAAGUCUCAGCUCUCCAGGCCAUGAUUCUGGACCACAGUACUCACGAUUACCUGCUGCUAAACAGGACACACACUAAGGGUGGAGCUUAAGGGUCAUGAGGCGGGGCACACUCACCACUGGCCCCGCCCUCACUUACCCACAGUGCUUGGGGAGACUCUGGUGACCAUGGCAACUGGGACUGAGGAUGGAUUCAAAUUGCUCUUGAACUUGUUCCUGAAGGUUCCAGGUUUUUAGAAAAUCAGGGUCAUGUGACACACAGAGGAGGCUGUUGACAUGACGACUUGUAAAUUAAAAUUAAUUAGUUAUAAAUGAAAAUGACCAUUGAAAUAUUGAAAUAAAUAAAUUCAAUAUAAAAUCUGAA